AUGCAGCCGCAAUCCAACGGCGGAGCUGAUCCGAACCCAUCUGCCACUCCGCCGCCGGCGACGAGUAACAGCAGCAGCAGCAAUCACCAGGGGGCGCAGCCGUAUCAGCCGCAGCAGCAGUGGGUGCCGCCGCAGCAGCAACAGCAAUGGAUGAUGCAGUACCCGGCGGCGGCCAUGGCGAUGAUGCAGCAGCAGAUGAUGAUGAUGUACCCGCCGCAGCACCACCCGCAUCACCAGGCUUACAUGGCUUACUAUCAGCAGCAGCAGCAGUACCAGAAACAGCAGCAGCAGCAACCGCCGAUGUACCAGAAGCAGCAGCAGUAUAAUAAUAAGCAGCAGCAGAAUCAGAUCCAGGCGCCGGAGGACGCCAAGACUGUUUGGGUCGGCGACUUGCUUGUUUGGAUGGACGAGAUUUAUCUUCAAAAUUGUUUUUCUCCCACCGGCGAGGUUGCAUCUGUUAAGGUUAUAAGGAAUAAGCAAACCCAUCAAUCGGAAGGGUAUGGUUUUGUUGAGUUCUAUUCACAUGCGACGGCGGAGAAAGUUCUGCAGAACUACAAUGGAUUCACGAUGCCAAAUUCAGAGCAGCCGUUCCGUCUGAACUGGGCAAGCUUUGCUGGUGAAAGACGAGCUGAACCGAAUUCUGACCUGUCUAUAUUUGUUGGAGAUUUGGCUGCAGAUGUCACUGAUUCUAUGUUGCAGGAGACCUUUUCUGGCAAAUAUCCCUCUGUUAAGGGAGCCAAAGUAGUUAUUGAUUCCAAUACUGGCAGGUCGAAAGGUUAUGGUUUUGUUAGGUUUGGUGAUGAAAGUGAGAGGUCUAGAGCUAUGGUGGAGAUGAAUGGUGUUUACUGCUCAUCGAGGCCCAUGAGAAUAGGUGUCGCCACUCCCAAAAAGUCUUCCCCGUAUCAACAACAAUAUUCUUCUCAAGCUUUGGUUUUGGCUGGUGGUGGUGGGCAUGCAUCAAACGGCAAUUUAGCCCAAGGUUCCAAUGCUGAUGGCGGCGAGAACAACACAACUAUAUUCGUAGGAGGAAUUGACUCUGAUGUUAGCGAGGAGGAUCUCAGGCAGCCAUUUAGUCAGUUUGGUGAUGUUGUGUCCGUCAAAAUACCCGUUGGGAAAGGCUGUGGCUUUGUCCAGUUUGCGAACAGAAAAGAUGCUGAGGAAGCACUUCAGGGUUUGAAUGACGCUGUGAUUGGCAAGCAGUCUGUUCGUCUUUCAUGGGGCCGUAGUCCUGCAAACAAGCAGUGGAGAGGGGAUCAUGGUAAUCACUGGAAUGGUGGAGGCAGUGGCGGAGGGUAUUAUGGAGGGCAAGGCUAUGGUGGUGGUGGUGGUGGUGGGUAUGGAUACAACACUGCACAACCCAAUCAGGACGGAGGGAUGUAUGCUACAGCUGCUGCCUCUGGGGCUUCAUAG